AGGGCCAGGAAGCUCCCGCCCUCCCUGAGCCGGCCCACAGCACUCAGGCGGGAUCGGAUCCCUCUGCUUCGGUUUCACACCACCCAUGGGCCCCGUGUGACACAGGAGGAAGGAAGAGGCCCGCCAGCCUCCUACUUGGAUCCCAGCAAGGUCUCUGGCAGCACCUCCACAGGAUGCAGGACGCUGGGGCUCCCAGGGGCCAGGGCCCGUCUGCCGCUCAUGGGGGUGCCCUGGGCCGGCCCCGGGUGCUCCUGCUCACCUACGCGCUGGCCUCCGUGGAGUUCAGCUGCCUGUUCAUGCAGUUCUCCGUCCUCCCGUACCUGUCCCGGAGCCUGGGUCUGGACUCCGUCACCUUCGGCUACCUGCAGACCUCCUUUGGCUUGCUGCAGCUGCUGGGGGGGCCCGUGUUCGGCAGGUUUGCUGACCAGCGCGGGGCGCGGGCCGCAUUCACCGUCUCCUUCCUGGCGGCCUCCGUGCUCUACCUGCUGCUGACCGCCGCCUGCAGCCCGGCCCUGCCGGGCGUGGCCUUGCUCUUCGCCUCGCGCCUGCCGGCCCUGUUCAUGCACAUACUGCCAGCGGCCCAGAUGGUCGUCGCCGACCUGUCUGCGCCCGAGGAGCGGCCCGCGGCUCUGGGUCGGCUCGGCCUCUGCUUUGGCAUUGGCAUCAUCUUGGGCUCCCUGCUCGGCGGGACCCUGAGCGCGGCGUACGGGAUUCAGUGUCCACCCUUCGUGGCUUUUGUGGCCAACCUCCUGGGAGCUGUCCUCAGCUUCACCUGCAUCCCCGCCAGCACCAAAGGGGCCGGCGCCCACAGCCAGGCCGCCCCAGCAGGUGGCCCCCGGGCCGGUGUGUUCGACCUGAAGGCCAUCAGCCGCCUGCUGCUGCAGCCCGGCGUCCUGCCGGUGUUCCUGGUCAAGGUGGUCUCCGGCUUCCCCUCCGGGCUCUUCAUGGUCAUGUUCUCCAUCAUCUCCAUGGACUUCUUCCGGCUGGAGGCCGCCCAGGCUGGCUACCUCACGUCCUUCUUCGGGAUUCUCCAGAUGGUCGUCCAGGGCCUGGUCGUCGGGCGGCUGAGCAGCCACUUCUCGGAGGCAGUGCUGCUCCGGGCCAGCGUGCUGGUCUUCGUCGUGGUGGGCUUGGCCAUGGCGCUGAUGUCUAGCGUCUUCCACUUCUGUCUCCUGAUGCCGGGCCUGGUCUUCAGCCUCUGCACCCUCAACGUGGUCACGGACAGCAUCCUGACCAAGGCGGUCUCGGCCUCGGACACGGGGACCAUGCUGGGCCUCUGUGCCACCGUGCAGCCGCUGACCCGCACCCUGGGGCCCACCGUGGGCGGCCUCUUGUACCGCAGCUUCGGCGUCUCCGUCUUUGGCCACGUGCAGUUUGCCGUCAACUUCCUCGUCCUCCUGGUCCUCUGGCGGCAGCCUCUGCCCCACAAGACGGACAAAGUCCGGUGACCUUGGCCCCUGGGCACGGACUGGCAAUAAAUUCCCAGGACCUCU